AUUGGACGCGUGGCAAAGUAGGAAGGACAGAAGCAUGACUAUGAUAAGCCUGGAAAUGUUGGGCCGUGAGGCUCUACCUUUGGAAGGGAUGUAUCGGCGCGCUCAUCAAGAUGUCUUGACACCGCCACACGAUAGGCCAGAGUCUCAAAACGUGCGGCGGAACGGUAGUAACGGCGGAAACGUUGCGAACGUUGCCACUUUCGACGCCGCUCCUCGCCACGAGAUGCACCCUCUGGAUCAACCGGCCGUGGACCUCGGUUUGCCGGCCAAUCUUCCUGAAAUCCUCUACUCUUCGAUACCAAAAUGCGGAGGCUGUCAAGAAGCGAUUUUAGACAAAUAUGUUCUGAGGGUUCUCGAGAGGUGUUGGCAUGCGAGGUGUCUCACGUGCAGGGAUUGCGGCGCAAGAUUGACCGAUAAAUGUUUUGCAAGGAACGGUCACGUUUUCUGCAAGGAUGACUUCUUCAAGCGUUUUGGGACGAAAUGCGCGGGCUGCGGCCAAGGAUUGGCACCGUCUCAAGUCGUGCGUAGGGCGCAAGAGUUGAUCUAUCAUCUAACUUGCUUCUCGUGCGCCCUUUGCUCUCGACAGUUGGACACCGGAGACGAGUUCUAUCUGAUGGAGGAUAGAAAGCUCGUUUGUAAACCCGACUACGAGCAGGCCAAGGCAAAAGAAUUGGCAGACGGAGGAAGCAUAGAUGGCGAUCAACCGAAUAAAAGGCCAAGGACCACGAUCACGGCGAAACAGUUGGAGACCUUGAAAUUAGCGUACAAUACCAGCCCUAAACCAGCGAGACAUGUGCGAGAACAACUUUCUCAGGACACAGGGCUAGACAUGCGCGUCGUUCAAGUCUGGUUUCAAAAUAGGAGAGCAAAAGAGAAGAGACUGAAAAAGGAUGCCGGUAGAACAAGAUGGUCUCAAUAUUUUCGAAGUAUGAAAGGAACAGGGGCUGGUGGACAUUCACCUAGGCACGAUAAGCUUCUCGAAAAGGAUGAACUCAAGGUCGAUUUAGAUUCCACUUUUGGUCACCAUGAUUUGAGUAACGACAGUUACGGGACAGUGGUGAACAUGGGAUUAGACGGCGAAGGUGCGAGUCCAGGUGGGGGCGGAAAUGGGGCAGGAGGGGGCCCUCCACGUGGUUAUUUAGGCGCAACGACCCCCCCUUAUCUCUCAACGUCCAGAUCACCGUCCUUACCACCUCAAUUUCCGUAUCCACCGGAUGCUGGCCUCUCGGUCUACACCACUCUUGGAGGCGCGGGUGGGAUGGUACCAGGGCCGGCGUCGGAUUUGAGCAACGAAUCGAGCGGAGGCGGUGGAGGCGGCGGAGGUGGCGGUGGAGGUGGUUACCCGGACUUUCCACCCUCGCCCGACUCAUGGCUCGGCGAACCACCACCUCCACACGCUCACCACCAUUCCCACUACGCCACAUAACCCGGCAAACUGACGCGUUGCCAAGCACCGUUCGUAAGAACGGAUCGACGCAAGGCGUUCACUUGACGGCCCUUUUCCACGAGGCAAGGCUUAUCCCGAAAACUUCGAGCCUUCCACUUCGGAUCAACCUGUCCACUUUCGUCGAUCCGCCACGAGUUAGAUUCUCGAGCCUCGACCUCGAGAGGAUCUCGAUGUUUCUCGGUGUAUCACCAAAUAGAUCCAUCUAGAGGUGGAACUCGAUCAAGACUGACCGAUCGAGAACCGUCUCGAACAAA